AUGGAUACCAUAGGGAACCAAACUCGUCUUUGUGGCAAAGUCAUGUUAAUGUUAUUGUGCACACUGAUCUUCUUCAGCUGCAGUGCUGCUUCUACCAAGGCUAGUGAAAGUGAAGAAAGUUUGGUGUCAUCAACGGGUAGGCCUAAGAUGCUUAUCGGAUCAAGUCCACCAACCUGCAUUUCCAGGUGUGACAAUUGCACACCCUGCAAACCAAUUGUUGUACCAUUUCCACCUCCUGUUCUACUGCAAACCCACUCUACCUCUGAGCAACAUAACACAGCCUUCCAGCGAUCCGAUGACUUUGGGCCUCAGGCUGUGAUCUGGAAAUGCACGUGUGGCGGCAAGCUGUACAAUCCAGAUCCAUAG